CUGAUUCUCCGAAAGAUGGACGCUUCUUAUUCUUCUUCUCGGCCAAAAAAGUUGAAUUACACCUCUUACACCUCGCUGAAAUCCGUUCUCAAGUUUUUGAGUGUGAAGAAAAGAGAACAAAUUCACAUUCAUAUUCCCGAGCUCAGGUCUGUCAAUGCUCUGCUACCAUAUGCCCACGAAGAGGUUAUCCUUGAUAAAUUUGAAAUCAUGAUCCAGAACAGAUCAUAUCUUUUCAAAAAGCUUGCUGAAAAAGCCCCGAAGCCUGAAGGUGUGGCUCGCCGGCGACCAGAAUAUGAAUAUGCAGAAUAUAAUCGCCUUUUGGUGAUGGACCUUGGUCCCCCAUCCCUGUUUGACAUGAAUGACUUGCAUCAUUUAUGGAGACCUAUGGGCAAUCAGGGUCCCGAUCGACUUUCUUUUGGGGACCUGGAUAGUCUUGAGAAGAGACGGCUUCGGUUUCGAAGGGAAAACCGGCUUCAAGAUUCUUCGGAACACGGUAGAACUGGAAAUUGUGAAAUCACAAUUUCCGAGGAAGAUGGAACGGCAAUUACAGUAACCAAGGAAAUUCCAGUUGACAUUGCUUAUGAAAAAAUUUUCGAUGCUUUUUUCAGUAACGGAUCGAGAAUCAAACUACUAAAAGUUCAAUCAUUUCCUGACUUUUUGAUGAGAAAAGAUUUGCUUACACUAAAAGUAAGAGAAAUUGACUGCAGUUCAACAGCAUCUAUCGAUAUUUUGGAACUUGCUCCGUUCUUGGAUCACAGCUCGCUUAAGAAGCUAACCUUGAACGUCACUAAUACGAAUGUUGAUCUAUUGAUGUUGCCUCUGGUGCAGAAUUGUCCAGUACUUCGGAUUGUGGAGGCAGGCACCUUCCUGAGCCGUAUGCUGAAAACUACUCUGCUCUCAGCUCUACAAAAUCAGAAAUUGGAAAUCUUUCCUGAUAUUGUGAUAAUUGAAAGCUUUCCCCAGCUGGUUCAGAGCUGGGCCACAUCUUCCCGCCCUAUAGGGUCCUUAGUCCAAGUAGGCAUUCGAGAAGACUACAAAGAGGUUUUGGACAUUUUAGACUUUUUGAAGGAAAGCCACGGAGCUCAUCCAGCAAUAAUUAAGAAGCUUGAAAAUACAGAUUUUUCCAACGGAUUGAGCAUGCUAAUUGAUGGGGAUUUGGAGCUGGCAAUCUAUGGCGGAGGGAAAAUUAGUGAAGAAGGACUCACCCGUCCUCAGCCCUGCAAAUGGAGUCUGUGCAUGGAAGUUAUGAAGAGGGGGGACACGAUUCCUCGUUAAAUUUUUAAUUCAAUUAUAUGCAACUUCCUAAACAACAGAAUUUAUUUGAAAAUUUACUUUUAAAUUGUUCAAGUAAUAAAGUUUCCAAAUACCU